GCUGGAGACUCGUUCAAUCAACAUGAGAUUAUUGGCUACCAUCGCGUUCGUGCUCUGCGCUUUGAGCGCCAAACCGCUCGAAACAGAAGGGGCCAAGAUAUUGGCCACCCUGCCGUUUCCGGGUCGCUCCCAGUACAUAUUUAUGGAGAACUACCUGAUGGCCCUGGCCGCAAAGGGUCACCAGGUGACCGUAAUCAACGCCUUCAAGAACAAGGCCACGCCAAACAUGCGUUUCAUCGAGAUACCCAAAGUGCACGAGUUCUCAGAUGAAAUGAUGAAUCUUCUGAAUGUUCCGUUAUUGUGGCAGCAACUUAACGCGAUAGACUACAUUUUAGCAAAAUUCAUCGAAAUCACGGUAGAAGAUGAGGGUGUCCAGAAGCUCCUGAACUCAGGGGAAACCUUCGAUCUGGUCCUAGCCGAGAUGAUCCAAAUGGAGCCGCUGUAUGCCUUUGCCCAGCACUUCAAUGCCACCCUGAUUGGUUUCUCGAGCUUCGGAACAGACAGAAGAAUUGAUGAGGCUGCUGGCAACAUAUCACCAAUUUCGUAUAACCCAUUAACGACCUCUUCACGCACUGACAAAAUGACCUUCGUGGAACGCUUGGAGAAUCACUAUGAAAUCCUUGUGGAGGAUAUUCACCGGCAUCUGGUGCACCUGCCAAACAUGCAGAAGGUGUUCAAGAAGUACUUCCCGAAUGCCAGGAAAUCCAUGGAGGAGGUCAUGGACAGUUUUUCGUUGUUCCUGCUCGGUCAGCACUUUUCUCUGAGCUACCCGCGACCCUAUCAGCCCAAUAUGAUCGAGGUCGGUGGAAUGCAAAUCUCCCACAAUCCUAAACCCCUACCCGAGGACAUAAAGCAGUUCAUUGAGGGCGCGCCGGACGGUGUAAUCUACUUCUCCAUGGGUUCCAAUGUGAAGAGCAAGGACCUGCCCCAGGAAACCAGGGACACGCUGCUGAAAACUUUUGCCAAACUGAAGCAGCGAGUGCUGUGGAAAUUCGAGGACGAUGAGAUCCCUGGAAAGCCAGCGAAUGUGCUGAUCAGGAAGUGGUAUCCCCAGGCGGACAUUCUUGCCCAUCCGAAUGUCAAGUUGUUUAUCACCCAUGGCGGCCUGCUGAGCACCACGGAGAGCGUUUACUAUGGCAAGCCCGUGCUGGGGUUGCCGUGCUUCUAUGAUCAGCACGUAAAUGUUAAGCGUGCCCAGCGAAUGGGCUUCGGUUUGGGCUUGGAUCUUAAUAACCUGAAGCAGGAGGAACUGGAAAAGGCCAUCCAAACGCUGCUCAACGAUCCAAGAUACGCCGAGGCAUCGAGUGCCAUUUCGGAGCGGUAUCGCGAUCAGCCGCAAUCGGCUCUCGAUCGAGCUGUCUGGUGGACGGAGUACAUUAUCAGGCAUAAGGGUGCUCCCCACCUGCGAUCAACUGCCCGAGAUCUCAACUUAAUCCAACUCCACAGCCUGGACACAUUCGCUGUGCUCUUGGGCCUACCCAUAAUAGUCAUCUUGGUUCUCCUGAAGCUAUCUUGCAAAUUACUGAGGGGCAAGAAGCAAAAGUGCCCGCAUGCUGAUAAGCUCAAGAAACAUUAGAGCCACUGUCCAUACGUUUGUCGUUUACAGUCCUAGGUUAAGUUGUUGUUGGUAGACUAAGUUGUUUUAUCAGCCUUAUCGUUGAUGCGAUUGUUAAUCUAAUUAUAUAAAUUGUAUUGCUCAAA